GGGUUUCUUACCCAGUGAUCAAUCUUCUCUUCUGUGCCGUCUCCAACAGCUCCAUUCUGAAGAGAGAGACAUCGAGGGAAAUGGAGAAAGGAAAGGGAAGAAAGGAGGAGAUCGUUACCAGGGAGUACACUAUCAACCUCCACAGGCGCCUCCAUAGCUGCACAUUCAAGAAGAAGGCACCCAAUGCCAUCAAAGAGAUCAGGAAGUUUGCACUGAAAGCAAUGGGAACCAAGGACGUCAGAGUAGACGUCAAGCUCAACAAGCAGAUUUGGAGCAAAGGUAUCCGUGGUCCUCCUAGGAGAGUCAGAGUCCGUGUUGCCCGGAAGAGGAACGAUGAUGAAGAUGCCAAAGAAGAGUUUUACUCUCUUGUCACUGUCGCUGAGAUUCCGGCCGAAGGAUUGUCUGGUUUGGGCACCAAGGUUAUCGAUGAAGACGAGUGAAACCAAAAUUCCUGUCUUUUUUUUGGGUUAUAUCUUUAGAUGAAAGACAGACAAAUGAAAGACUUUUGCUUUCUUUUGAUCACUCUGGUAAUUUAUUUCGCAUGUUUUUAAGUUCUUGAGACAGAGAGACAUGAGUUUUUAUCUUUUUGUGACGUUCUUUACUUUGUGAAACUUAAUUGGGGUCCAUACCCCACCGGUUUACAAACUCUGUUACCGUUUGGCCU